AUGCAAAGCCUAUUGAAGGCAUUCAUUCCAUUUGGCUCCGAAGAAACAACACCUGGAGAUUCUGGGUCACUCCUAGGAGCCCAUUCUUUUGCUCUUCCAUUGUAUCGACAAGGAGAAGCAGAAGAUGAUCUUGAAUUACAAUCAAUUUCUCUACAGUACAUGUUUCGACGAUGUGCCAUUGCGCGUUCAGAAGCCUUUUGUGAAGGCCCUGCAGCCAGAGCCCGUUCGGAAUCCCAUAAACUAGAUGAUUCAGAAACCCUCAUUGAAGAAGAAUUUAACACAGAAACCAUUACAGAUGCUCCUGAAGAAGAACUUAACGAAGAGACAGAUAAAAAAUACAAUCGUACCGCGUUUGAACGUGCAUUGGCCAACGACAAGUUUCGCAUUCUUGUUGAUUGGCGUAAAAACAAGUUUCGCUCUUUGUGCAUUCUUUCUAGUACCCCUUCGUCUUUAGCCAAAAAGCAGCCUGUGACUAUGCCUAUGACCGUGGCCCCUGAACCCCCUAUAUCUUCGACAAAAAAAAUCCCUGCCGCUAUUUUAGCUGCUCGCCGGUUGGCCGCUUCCUCAGGACCAGUCGCAUUGGCUUCAGGUGGAGCCAUUCUCAAGCAACUUGCACCGGGAUAUGCGCUCAUGGUUUUGAACUCAAAUGCAUCAGAAUUAGUGUAUAUUAAAACACUCUCGGAAUCAGGCAUCUAUUCAGAACAUUAUGUGGCCCCAGAAGCUCGCCGUCGAAUGGUUAAAGAGGCAAUCAAUCUGGCCAAGUGCCGCAAAUGGGAACGCAACCACCCAUCAUCAUCUGCAAACUCUGGUUCCAAAAUACCUAGUAUCGGCAACUAUUAUCAAGCUCAAACACAGGCACAAACUCGCAAUUCUUCCCGGAUUCCUUCAAAAAAUGGAAAGGCUGCUAUAGAAGCAAUGUCAACCUUGUCAUUUGAUAAAAAUGACCGUGCAGUGGUCAUUAAUGAAUACCUACAUAAAUUGGCUUACGAGGUCCAAGUCGAUAGAUUAUAUCGUGCAUUGUAUAGUGAGCGUAUUAAAAAGCUCGAGGAAAAUCUAUUUAAAAAGCAACCACAAAGGCAGCCAGAAAAACAGCCAAGUCGUUCUUCAGGGGUUCGCUUGUCAAGUUCUUCUGGAACUCAAAUCAGUAUCCCGACUUCAGCAAGCUCAACCAGUGCUAGUGUUAUUGCAUCCUACACCGCUGCUAUCGCUUCUGUUGGUUCAAAUGAUGAUCCUUGGUCACGAAGCACUUCUCCUCCACCUAGAGCUGCAACUCCAAAGUUGCCCUUUGUGGUUGCAACUUCUGCUAAUGGCGUAGGCGUCAGUGCAACGGUUAAACCAACCGAGGGUAAAUACUAUUUCAAAAACCCAAAAGAAGUUGAUAUUCCCUACGACCACCAUCGCCAUGCUUCAGGAGUUAAUCCAGGUCGUGUAUCACCUACUCACGUCAUUCCUUUGCAUCAAACUCCUCACAAUGGACCCAUAUCAUUGCCCAAACAUGCUCACGGGUCUACCAAUAAGCCCCGUGCACCAUCUUCAUCAUCACGUCAAGCAAGCCCGAGUCGUUCCCCAUCUCGCUCCGCCUCUCGUUCAGCUUCUCGUACUGCCUCUUAUAGUAACAAUAUUGUUCAAUCUGGAGGGUUUCCUGCUGGAGGUCCACCACCACUCCGCAAAAGACCUUCAAACAUGUCUCUUAACUCAGGCUCGAUUCCAGUACUUGCAGCACCUCGUGUUCCCUCUGUGAGUGGUAGCUCAGCUCCUCGCUCGUUGUCACCAAGCCGUGGUCCUGUUUUAUCUUCAGGGGAGCCACUUCGUGGAGGUAUUUCUGCGCGCCGUGCAAGUGCCACACAUUCUGUUACUGCUGUUAAUUCAGGUGCCGAGGUGUUUGUUUUGCCAGGGUCACGUAAAACGGAUGAAUCAGUAAGUCGUGACACUAUUCGUCGCGAAGUUAAGGAACAAGCACGAAGUGCAGUUGAGCAACGUCUUGAGCGUGAACGUGGUGUUAUUGAUGCUGAACGUAAAGUGGCUCGUUGGGGGACUAUCCCUAGUGCUUCUGAUCAAGAUAGCGCUUUCUCCAGAAAUGGAUUCAUCGGUGAAGAUGAUGACUUUUGA